AUGAAGGGUGUCGCCGCCGAGCUCCCGCCCGGCAUCCCCGGCUGGCGGCGGCUCGCCCUGCCUCUGUCCUGGCCGGCCGGGGAGCCCCAGGCGCCGCGGGAUCAUAGCCGGAUCGAGCUGGGAGAUGUGACGCCACACAACAUUAAGCAGCUGAAGAGGUUAAAUCAGGUCAUUUUUCCUGUCAGCUACAAUGACAAGUUCUACAAGGACGUGCUGGAGGUUGGCGAACUAGCCAAAUUAGCAUAUUUCAAUGAUAUUGCAGUGGGUGCGGUGUGCUGCAGAGUGGAUCACUCUCAGAACCAGAAGAGACUUUACAUCAUGACACUUGGAUGCCUGGCACCCUACCGAAGGCUAGGAAUAGGAACUAAAAUGUUGAAUCACGUCUUAAACAUCUGUGAGAAAGAUGGCACUUUUGACAACAUCUAUCUGCAUGUCCAGAUCAGCAACGAGUCAGCAAUCGACUUCUACAGAAAGUUUGGCUUUGAGAUCAUUGAGACGAAGAAAAACUAUUACAAGAGGAUAGAGCCAGCAGAUGCUCAUGUCCUGCAGAAAAACCUCAAAACCCCUUGUCUUGGCCAGAACGCAGAUGUGCAAAAGACCGACAACUGAACAAAACCCCAAUGAACACUUUCUUGCACUUGCUUGUCGCCAAAUAAGGAAAGAGAGGCCUGUUGAUUUUUUUUUUUUUUUUUUCC